UGAGCACAAUUUAGAAAAUAAAUCAUCUGUUGAAACAAAACUGAAUUGUAAUUUAACUAACAGCUCCGAUCCAAUGUGCACAGAACAAGCCGAGCAGCUCCGCUGGCAGACAGUUUUAUGAUAGAUUACAUGCAAGAUUUAGGACACUGAACAUAUAGUGCAAGCUCCUGGUGGGGACCUGGAGUUCUAGAUAACACCAAAAGGAGACAGAAAGACCUGCAGCACAAGCAACCAUGCCUAGGUCAUUCCUGGUGAAAAGCAAGAAAGCUCACAGCUACCACCAGCCCAGGACCACAGAUGAUGACUACAACCUAAGACAGGAGAGUGUCUUGGCUCACAUAUGUGCAGAGAGUAAGGUUCUACCUGAAGUCCAAGGCAACUUCUCUCCAGUGUCCUCCAACCUAGAAGAUGUCACUGACCUGUCCUCGGACUCCCCUCCCAGCUGUGGGGGCAGCGUGUGUGACAACACCAACUCUGAAUUUGAGGAUUUCUGGAGACCCCCUUCUCCUUCUGUUUCACCAGGGUCUGAGAAGUCAGCAAGCCCCUCUCUGGAUGAUUCUCCACCUUUUCCUCUACCAUUCAAGUCUUUUUCCUGGAGGGGUCUGGCUAACUCAGAGCUUCGUCAGUUGGUACAGAACUACAGACCUACUUCGCUGGACAGGAACCCUGCACUGAGUCUCUAUGGUGAAAGGGAACCCUCAGCUCCUCCUCACACCCUCUAUACAGACAGAGCAGUGCGUGGGCUAUAUGGUGACUAUGGGCAGAACAUAGGGCGCUAUGAGGACUCCAGGUCUACUGCCCUACUCUAUGGGGACAAGGCACAAGACAUCAAAGUGGAGUCUGAGCUUCUCUGCACCCGGCUGCUUCUCAACAAUGGCUCAUACAAAUGUCUCAAGUGUAGCAAGGUGUUCUCCACACCCCAUGGUCUGGAGGUUCAUGUACGUAGGUCCCACAGUGGCACAAGGCCCUUUGCCUGCGAAAUGUGUGGGAAAACAUUUGGUCACGCGGUCAGUUUGGAGCAGCACAAGGCAGUCCAUUCUCAGGAAAGAAGUUUUGAUUGUAAAAUAUGCGGUAAAAGUUUCAAGAGAUCAUCGACUCUCUCCACUCACUUGCUUAUCCAUUCAGACACAAGACCGUACCCUUGUCAGUACUGUGGAAAGAGGUUCCACCAGAAAUCCGACAUGAAGAAACACACGUUCAUUCACACAGGAGAAAAACCUCACAAAUGCCAAGUGUGCGGGAAGGCUUUCAGCCAGAGCUCCAACCUGAUCACUCACAGCCGCAAGCACACCGGGUUUAAGCCCUUUGGCUGUGACCUCUGUGGUAAAGGCUUCCAGAGAAAGGUGGAUCUGAGGAGACAUCGGGAGACGCAACAUGGACUGAAAUGAUCACAAGUACUUUCCAGAAGACAAAUAUACCAGCGGAGAACACUAUGCAGU